UCACAGUCACAGGUGCUGCUACAGCUAAAGACGGCUAUGGGCUGCCCCUGUUGAGUGAACGAUAGAUAGAAUAGAACUGCCGAUCAGGACCAGGGAAGGACUCUCAAGUCUGUGUUCUCCGGCGCUUCCAAGCAAUCUAUCGUCGAGUGUUCAUUCCUUUCAUUAUUCUUCGGCUUCCGAAAGUUUCCGAGCCAAUAUAGGAUGUCGAAAGCAACAAGUACCAAGUACCUAAAAGUGAGGAGGCAUUUCUGAGUAUUACUCUGUGCUUCCAUCAGUCAUCAUGCCUCUUUACGAGUUAUACAGAAUGACUAAAGCGAAGCUUGAUUCUAUGGAGAAAGACAACACAUGUGCAACCGAUCAAUCAUCCGCACUGGAGAAUGACUUUUUCGAGCUGGUUUGGGAAAAUGGUCAGAUUUCGAUGCAGGGUAAGUCAAGCAGAGCAAGAAAGAGCCCAAUACAUAAGAGUCUUCCAUCUCACAGCUUACCAUCUCACAGUCCAAGGACUCGAGAUAAAGAUGUAGGAUUUGGUGUCGAUACAAGGAUGGGUAAGUUAGGGGAUUUAGACUCUGGAUUAAAUGAAAUUCCAUUACCUGUUCCUUCGGAUGAAAUGAAUUUGAGUCAAGAUGAAGACAUGAUAUCUUGGUUGAAUUAUCCAAUGGGAGACUCUCUGCAACAUGAAUAUAGUUUUGAUUUCACGCGUGAUGUAUCUGGGGUCACCGUGAACGAGUUCCCAGCUGCCUCAAAUAAUUUUGCUCUGAUAGAUAAAAGAAGUAACGGCAAUCAGAUAUGUAAGGACUCUCACAAAAGUCCUAUGCCUGGGGUCUCAAAUUCAGAACAAGCAAAUCUCACCAAGGGGUCCUCAACUGGAGAAGUUGAGACUAGUGGGCUGAAAGGAAACAACAGCCAGUUAUACCAACCAUCAUCGCAGCAAUGUCAAACAUCAUUUGCACCUAUUAGAUCCAAAAUAUCGGAUAUCACUGAAAAUAAUACAAGUAAUGCAAUACUGCAAGCACCUUGCGGGGAAAUCACUCAAAUUCCAUCUUCCUCUAAUGGUUUUUGUAGCCUAAAUAUGCAGAAACAAGAUCCUUUAUGUCCUAGGAAUAGUUCUAACAUGAUGAAUUUCUCCCAUUUUGCGAGACCUGCUGCCAUUGUGAGAGCUAAUCUUCAGAGCAUCAGUAUGAUGUCUGGUUUGUCUUCAGCAAGGUCAGAAAGCCUGGGAACUAGGAAAAAAGAUAUCGAUGCAAGCAGCAGCAACCCUCCUGAAUCAACACUCGUUGAUUUAAAUAAUCAAAAGAACUGCCAAAAGCUAGACCCAUCAAAGUCUGAGUUGAAACCAGCCAAUCCAAAAUCUCUCGGACAGAAGGCUGAUUUUGCAAAGCAGUUUGAUCCUGCCUGCAAAGAGGAUGAUGCAUUUAAGGAUGAUCAAAUUUCCAAACAGGUUCCCACAGAAAGUGGCACUAAAGGACUAUCGGCUGUUGAGAAAACCAUUAACGCUGAAGUAGCCUCUUCCUCCAUUUGCUCAGGAAAUGCUAUGAAGAGAGGUUCAGAUGAUGCAAAUAAGAAUUUGAAGCGAAAAAGUCAAGAUACUGAGGACUCUGAGUGUCAAAGUGAAGAAGUUGAGGAAGAAUCAGUGGACAUUAAGAAGGCAGCUCCUCCCCGAGGUACAAGUUCUAAGAGAAGUCGUGCAGCUGAAGUGCAUAAUCUCUCUGAAAGGAGACGAAGAGACAGGAUCAAUGAGAAGAUGCGGGCAUUACAAGAACUCAUCCCAAAUUGCAAUAAGGUGGAUAAAGCAUCGAUGCUGGAUGAGGCAAUUGAGUAUCUUAAAACCCUUCAACUCCAAGUCCAAAUUAUGUCGAUGGGAGCUGGUUUAUACGCAUCUCCAAAUCCAAUGAUGUUACACCCAGGAAUGCAGCACAUGCAGACACCACACAUGGCUUCAUUCUCACCUAUAGGAAUCGGCAUGCAAAUGGGUUUAGGAAUGGGUUAUGGGAUGGGCUUCCCUGACAUGAAUAGUGGAUCCCCUAGAUUCCCAAUGGUACAGGUGCCUCAAAUGCAAGGAACUCAUUUCCCUGUUUUACCUAUGCCUGGCCCCUCUGCUGCUUUACAUGGGAUGCCAACAUCAAGUCCUCAAGCAUUCGGAUUUCCUGGUCCGGGAAUUUACAUGCCAAUGCCAAAUGCUCCAAGAGUUUCUAUGCCAGGAGGGCCCCUUAUGAACCCUUCAACUUCAGGACAAAACGCCUUUGGAGCUGCAGGACCUGGGGAAACUGCUGAUUCGGCUUCACCCUCUAGCUUAAAGGAUCCUAUGCCGAACGUGAAUUCACAAGUUAUGCCAGGCUCAGGUGGCAGUAACUCCACAAUGCAGAUGUCCACUCAGUGUGAAGCGACGAACGUUGAAACUGAUCAGAGAGCACUAGUGCGUACUGGCGGGCAUACCUCUAGUAUUAAUGACAGUGGAGCUACUAACCCUAGCAAAGAACAUGACCAUGUCAUUAGUAAAUCUUGUAAGGACUGACGCUAAGAUCGUGGGUUACUGAACUCUUGCACAACCAUAUAGGAUAUCUGUGAGUCACCAAGGAUGACCCUCUAGAAUCUUAGUUAACGGACUUUAGGAUGACAAAAAUACAAAUUUUGGCAUUAUGGGUGAGGACACUUAUUUGUACAUUCAUUUGGUGACCUUCCGUUUAAUCAGUGUCAAAAAUUCAAAUUCUGCGUAGAAAUAUGCGCUAAAAUAUCUUAUUCAUAUUUCUCCUUGUGAUUCUUUGUAUCAAUGAAAUAAUGAUAGUUAUCAUCGACCACGGCGAUCUUUGGUUUCCCCUUCCUAGCUCUAGAAAGUAGAAACACAGGUAAAUAAAGGUUAUUCUAGUGUGUAUGGCAAAUACUUACUGAAGAUUUGCUUUCUUUCAUGCGUUUA